CCGUUGCUUCCUGUGUGAGAUCGUGGAUUCGGUUUGUCUGCAGCGAGUCUCCGGUAUGGGCAGCUGCCUCACUCCUCAACUUUUUUACCAGGGAUUUAACCACAGUUGUGCUCCAUUUGUCACGGUUGUAUACCACCUAUACAUGGAUUUGUGAACGGAAUAACCCGAAAGUGCGCUUAUCCGAGCGUUUGAAUUCAUUUUUUGUUGUUAAAAAAAGGAAGAAGAGAAAAUGCCAGUUGCAACUCUUCUGCCUUUUACCGCGACCCCGAAUAGGAAGUCUGCCAGCCCGACCUCUUUCAGGUUGACAGAGAAAUUCAUCUUGUUAUUAGUGUUUAGUGCUUUUAUUACCCUGUGUUUCGGGGCUAUUUUCUUCCUACCGGACUCGUCGAAGCUGCUCAGUGGAGUUUUCUUUCAUUCCUCCGCGGUGGAGACCAACACCCGCACCGGUCCGGACAGCAGCGACCCGGGAUCGGCUGGAAACGACGAGAGGGUCCUGGCCAAAAUCAAGAACGACCAUGAAAAAGCUCUGCUAGAGGCCAAGGAUACUCUACAGAAACGACCGGACGAGAUUAAGAAGGACAUUUUGAAUGACAAAAAGAAACUUCAGGAGGCUAAGGGUCACGGUGGUAAUGAUGUCAAUAAUUUACCUUUUGUUGUAUAUCACCGACCCCCUGGAGCUACUGGACACGAACCUCUGGACCCAGAAACCAAGGAGAGACGCGCUAAGAUCAAAGAGAUGAUGAAACACGCGUGGGACAGCUACCGGCGCUACGCCUGGGGUUCCAAUGAGCUCAGGCCCGUCUCCAAGACAGGCCACUCCAGCAAUCUAUUUGGAAGUAUAAAGGGAGCGACAAUAGUGGAUGCUCUGGAUACUCUCUACAUCAUGGAGAUGUUUGAAGAGUUUGACGCUGCUACGGACUGGGUGGAGAAGAACCUCGACUUUAAUGUGAAUGCAGAGGUGUCUGUGUUCGAGGUGAACAUCCGGUUUGUUGGAGGUCUGCUGUCCGCCUACUACCUGUCUGGAAAAGAGGUUUACCGUAGGAAGGCGGUGGAGCUGGGUGAAAAGCUGCUGCCAGCCUUCAAAACUCCCACUGGCAUCCCCUGGGCUCUGCUUAACCUCAAGAGCGGUGUUGGGAGGAACUGGCCCUGGGCGUCUGGCGGCAGCAGCAUCCUGGCAGAGUACGGCACGCUGCAUUUAGAGUUCAUGCACCUCAGCAAACUCUCUGGGAAUCCUGAGUUUGCACAGAAGGUAAUGAACAUCAGGAAGGUCCUGAAUCGCCUGGACAAACCUCAGGGUCUGUACCCCAACUACCUGAACCCCAACAGCGGCCAGUGGGGCCAACAUCACGUGUCUGUGGGUGGCCUUGGUGACAGUUUCUAUGAGUACCUGCUCAAGGCCUGGCUGAUGUCUGACAAGACUGACGACGAAGCAAAGAAGAUGUAUUAUGAUGCCCUGCAGGCGAUAGAAAUUAACCUGAUGAGGAAGUCGAGCGGCGGGCUGACCUACAUCGCGGAGUGGAAGGGAGGGCUGCUGGAGCACAAGAUGGGUCACCUGACGUGUUUCGCCGGCGGGAUGAUCGCUCUGGGAGCCGACGGAGCGCCCACCGACAAGACGGGCCACCAGAUGGAGCAGGCCGCCGAGAUUGCACGCACCUGCCACGAGUCCUACGCCAGAACCUCUCUGAAGCUGGGUCCGGAGGCGUUUCGUUUCGACGGCGGGGUCGAGGCCAUCGCCACCCGGCAGAACGAGAAAUACUUCAUCCUCCGCCCCGAGGUCAUCGAGACCUACAUGUACAUGUGGAGGUUCACACACGACCCCAAAUACAGGGAGUGGGGCUGGGAGGCGGUCCAGGCUCUGGAGCAGCACUGCCGGGUGGAGGGAGGCUACAGCGGCGUCAGAGACGUCUACGCCUCGACUCCAAACCACGACGACGUGCAGCAGAGCUUCUACCUAGCAGAGACACUCAAGUAUCUCUACCUGCUCUUCUCCGAUGACGACCACCUAGCCUUCGACCACUGGGUGUUCAACACCGAGGCUCACCCUCUGCCCGUCAUCAAGAAGGACAAAACAGACAUCCCCAACGAGGUGGAGUAGAGACGACCUCAUCGUUCACUAAAGACCCUCUGAUCCUGUCCCCUGAGCCUCCUGCUGAAAACACUUCGCCUCGCGGAGCUACAGAAGCCUCUCCGUUGGGGUUCCUCUUUUCAUUUCUAACGGGAUCAAAAACAGAAUUCAAAUCGUGAAUUCUUGCUGUCGAAUCCAGUUUUUCUUUUUUUCUUGAACCGACAUUUACUGCCGAGUAAUAACUCCACAUAAUGCAGUGCUAUCAUCAGACGGGUUGUAAUGUUCCUGCAGUGUAAAAGGACUCUCUGAAGAUGUCAUUACAUCGAGUGGCAGUCUCAUCCAGAGGGACACAGUUAGCCGUCAGUGAUUUUGUUGUGAGUAGCUACAGCUUUUGUUUUGUGUGAGAAGGGGAGAGACCUCUUGUGGAUGUUUCGGACCUGAGCUUUGGGCACCAGAAAGACUGCAGCUCUGGUCUGAGGAUUAGAAAGGCGGACUUUAGAGGACGUGGACUUUUCUCCGGCUUUAUUAUCACAAUAGGAACCGGCUUCCCUGCUUUUACAAAACCGUGUGGUUGUCUCUGUGGGAGUGACGGAAAACGCAGCACAACCAGAGCUCCUCUGCUUCCUGCUCCGUCUCCACCUGACUGCUUCCUCUCGGAGUGUUGGUGUGACUCCAGCUCUCUGCCUGCCACUGAUUCACUUUCCCCCCCCGACGUCUACACAAAGCUCUCCUUUUUCUGCUCAUCUCAUCUGUGUCUUUAUCUGGCUUUGUGCAUCCCGGAUCGAUUUCCUUUUCUCCUUAUUUGCACUGAUAUUUCUGGCGUUUGACUGAUACUGGUAAUCUUUCCUUUCAUUCUUGUUUGCAGGAUUUUAUUUCUUGCUAUCUUGAAAAUAAGCUCAUUGCCAAUGAAUACAGGGUUUCAAAAGAGUCUUAUAGUGUUGUACGACCAAAUAAUAGAAAUACAUCUCACCUCUGUCCACUUUUGUGGAGCUGUCGACCACAUGUCGGUUGCUCAGCUGUCACGGAGGAUGAUCACGCAUUAGGCGAUUUAACACAUCUUGUAAAUGGACAUUAAGUUAUUUAUAUACUAUGUCCUAAAUCAAUCAAAAAUGUUCACUCCCAAUAUUAUUGUUGGAUUAAAGUCAUUGAAUUGAGGACAUUUGAUUUAGAAUUUCCACAAACAGCUUCUGCAAAUAUUGCUUUCAUUCAAUUAAUCAAAAAUAACAUUAAAAUGCGUAAAAAACCUGCAUUUUUAGAACCAACACGUCUCUAAUGAUGAGGACUCUGAUUAAUCACAUUCAUGAACAAACCUGAGUAUCAGUCAAACCCUUCCUCUUCCUCCUCUUCCUCCCUUCUCCGUGCUCCAGCUCCAGUGUAGAGCAGCCUGUAGGAUCUUCUCUCCUCUAUGAGGGGACGCAGACACUCGACUUAUUUCACCCCCACACACACUUUCACACACACACACAAGAAGCCAUACUGAUUCCAACAGCUUUGCCAUUGUGACGUUGACAUUUUUUUUGUUCCCUUCAUCCUCAUGUGUUGAUAAAACUGUGUUUGUACAUUUUCAUCAUCCAUGUCUGUUGUUCAGUGAGGAUUCCUCCUGCUGCCUCUCAGAGCUGCAGCCAGAUACAAGUCCAGUUAGUGUUCGAUCUAGUGCCUUCACUGAGGAGAACGAGUAGCAGUAUGACCCGCUUUAAAACAGUCCCGGAGCUUUAGGUAAAGUCCGGCUGCCUCAGAUCAGGAUCAUUCCUGCUUUUGAAUUGGAUAUUUAAUCUAACUGGCUAAAAAUCAGCCCAAGAGGUGAAACCGUGGCUCCUUUAUGAUAAGUGGAAGAUCAGACCUGUGGAUAUCCAUCUGAGGAUUACAUUUGAUUCAUAUAAUAUGUAUGGUUUUCCUCCAGAGGCUAACAUCUGUCUUUACACCUGAAGAAGUCCCAGUGAUUUCCUUUACUCUACUGCCAUCUAGUGGUUAGGUCUGUCUAUUACAGUCCGUGUGAGAGGGUUAGAUGUUAGAUGUACCAGUCACUUAUUUACUUCUGCUGUCGACAAAAACUUGAGAUUACAAUGUCUAUUUGUUAGGAUUAAGGAAAGGUAUUCCACUCAUUAUUGAAUAUGUUAUCAGACGGUCCCAUUAUUACAAAAAACGGAGUAUUCUCAGCUCAUAAAAACAAAUAAAGUCACUUAAUUGAAAUAGAAAAUGACAAAACCUGGAUUUUUUUUUUUUAAGGAUUCUUUGGCCUUUUGACCUCUGAUAGAUGCAGACUCACUUUCUGAGUUUAAUGUAUCCACUUAUUCAUCAAUUUGAGCAUUUAUUGUGUCUAUUUGAUGGAGAAAUUACAUUAAAAGAAGGUAAUGGAAAUAAAAAAUACCCAUAAAUCAGCUUUAAAUUAAACCGACUGUUCUGAAAUACUUACAAAUGUUUCAACUGUCUCAACUAAACUGAGUGACUACUUUAGGACUUUAGGCUGUAAAGGAAAAGUCAGCCAUCUUGGCUCCUGGUUUUCACCCAAAUGUAUUAGUUAAAAAAAAUACCGAGAUGGUUUCAAAAGUAGUGUUUUUUCCACAUGUGUUUCCCAGCAUAUCCAAAAUGUGUUGAGUUUCCGACUUGAUUUCCCACCCGGUUGUAUUCAUAGAAAUGGACACUGAUUAAUUCCCCAAUGUAACAACCUAUCAUGUGGAUCAUAGUAGAAUAUUAUUAGUUGUGCGCUGUGAGGAAUCCCUCCAUUUUGUUCACUGUACAAACUCCGUGUUUCUGUUUCUCAGUUGCUUUAGAGGCAUUUAUUAUCCAUGUGAUGUUGUGUUGUAAUGGUUGAUUUUUGCUGAUUGUGUUAAUUUAUUCUGUCGUGGGGGACAUAGGACUUUGGGGAGCGGACCACCAGGGGGCGCUGUGGGCUUAAUGCAUAUGUAUCUACCAAAAACAAAGACGUGAAAGCUCCUGAAGGUGCGGCUUUUCUUAACACUAUGAACUCACCGAUGAUCAGAGGUGUUAAGAAAUGCUGCCUUUUAUAGUGAUGGGAAUGAAACCUGGGAUCAAACCAACGGGAGGAUAGGAACUGUCUGAAUGUACCAUCCAAUGUGAAGUAUAUCUUUUAUAUGCAUUUAUUUCUUGUGUUCACUUCUGCGUGCUUUUGUUGUUCAUUGAUCUCGGAAAGCACGAAGAGUGUGUGCAGACGGAGAGAAGUGUUUUCUAAAAAGCUGUUAAUGUAGGAAAUGAUCCCAAUCCGCCCCGUGAGGCGCAUCCCAACGUGAUAGAUAACACGGAGAAUAGGAAUGUUCAGCAAUACCAUAAACAAGAUCUAUUAAGAGUUUAUUAUAUAGUAAAGAAGAUAUGAAAACUUAGAGAUUUGAAUAACGGUCUGGUUCAUAGAGAUGUGUGUUUAGUGAUGAAGGAAAGUGAGGCUUUGCAGAUUGUGGAAAACAGCACUGUAAUGCAGCUCAGUGUCCAUUAGAAGGACACUUUAAAUAUUAUAUUUUGGCCCAUUAUUGGCUUCUUAUCCGGCCAGUUUCGUGUGUGAAGUAAAGCAGCCAAGACAUUUUUUUGAUUGAGAUGAUUUAAUUUGGUUCAUAUUUAUCUCUUCUUUCAUUCACACUUAAGAUAUUACCACGUGGUUUUAUGGCCUGGAUGCAAAGUCAAAUAAGGAUAGUAAAAGUUAACAUGUACUACUACUUUUAGUGGUGAUUUAGUGAAUAUUAGUUGCACAAAGAAGAGUGGAAGGAAAUGAUUGUAGUUCAUAAUCUUCCUUUCAUUUAAGUAGUUUCAUUGUAAGGCUUUAUUGCAACUUAAGGAUAUUGAUGCAGCCUGGAUUUAAUUGAUUAUUAUUAUAUAUUAAUUCUGAUUACAAAUCAGACGUAUAUUCUUAUAGAGAUGGUACUGGUGGGAGUUAUAUGUGUGUCUUCAAAAAAGUAUGACGGUGGUUAUUUUUCAAAGAGGUCUCGAUGGACCUUUGAACGAACGAUUUCAUUUGGGACGUAAUGGUGUGUUAAAGUAUCUGUGCGAGUAUUGGACUUGUGAUUCAGUCUUAAAGGUUUGAUGGAAAGACAGACUCUUGAUGGAUUUGGAUAAACUCAAAGUCAGCAGAUUAAAUUCUGCAGAUUAAUCUGAACAAGUCAUUUCAAGUCAAACGCAGAAUGUAUUUGAUUUUUCAGAAUGAAAGCUUCACACCGUGGGACAUCAGGCAUCUGCUCAUUUCCAUAUGGUGAUUUCUCUUGUGUUGAUUCAAUGCCUUUGUUUCGGUGACGAUUAAAGGGCAACUCCACCUUUUUUUCAUUCAGAAUGAAGUCAGUCUUUGCGGUAAAUGAACCACUUCUCCCAAAAUAUUUUCUAAUUUAUAUCACUCUGAAAUCUUUACUUUAAUCACGAGUGUUCACCAAACACGACUGAAUUCAUCUGCAUGUAAAACAUGGUCCGCGUUGCCCUUUAAAGGGUUUGAAUGAGUGAACCUCAGAAAUGUAUCUGUACAAAAUAUUGCUGAUAAUCAUUCCAUUGCACAGUUUACUUUGCGUUUAUGCAAUAUCUUAAUUUUGUGGGGGAAAUCUGUUUUGUUGUUAAUGUUGUUAUUAUUGAAAAAAAAGUGUAAAUAUUCCAUUGAGGCUGGUGAGCCGAAUUACAUUUAUAUAAAAAUCUUCUGAUCUUAUGGAUUCAAAUGAUAUUAAUAAGCAGCAGACUUUUUAAGAAACUAUAUUUGUUACACUUCUAUUGUGAAUAAAAAAAUCUUUUCAUAC